AUGAGUGGCGGUGAAGUUGAGGUGUAUCCACCAGGUCUUAAUGGUAGUGCUAAAUACUACAUACAUUUGGAGACUAAAAUUGGUAUCCACGGUAAAGCUGAACGAUGCAUUAACGCAGAUCGUUAUGGUUGUGGCGGUGUAGGCUCAUGUGUUUAUUGUGAUAUUUGCAAAAGUAUGGGUGGCGCAUUUAAAAAUUUUGUACAAAUCCUCGAAAAAGAUGAAGUGGCAAAAUGUGAUGAAAAUGGAAUACCACCUGGUAAAUAUAAGAAUUUAUCAUUACGUGUAUGUUUACCAACCAAAGAUGAAUUACUUCCAUUCUUAGAUCAGAAGAGAAGCAUUGUUGGUAAAUUACCAAUUAGCGCAAUGAUGUUUGCAUCGGGAAAAAAAAAACUGAUAUAA